AACCGGACGGCAAGUUGUAACCCAGCCCAGGCAGCGGGAUGGCUUUCUCGUAUGCUCGGCCGCGCAGCGGCUCUUUGUCCGCGGGCUCCGCGCGCCUUCUCCCGGGUUCGGCCUCGGGCUCCGUGCGGGGCAGUUCCAGCGGUUCCGACUCCUGGUUCUCGCUGCCUCGCCUGCAGGCCGCGCUCCCGGCUUCUCGCGCCAGCCUGGAUUCUGCGGUCAUCUUGGUGGGACCCGGGCGGCAGCAGGAGGCGCUGCAGAGCUUGAACGAGCGCCUGGCCGGCUACCUGCAGCGGGUGCGGGGGCUGGAAGCCGCCAACCGAGCCCUCGAAGAGGAGAUCGCCGCCAUCCGGGCCCGCAGAGCCGGGGCAGCCGGCCAUAAAGACUGGGAAACCUACGAGCGGCCCCUAGCCGAGCUGCGCAAGCAGGUUGAAGAUCUCAACAUGGAGAACACCAGGCUGCUUCUGCAAAUUGAUAAUGCCAGACUGGCAGCUGAUGACUUCAAGCAUAAGCUGGAAGCAGAGCAGGCGAUGUGUGAUGGCGUGCAAAAGGAUACCCAAGGGUUGCGCAAAAUGAUAGAUGACACCAACUUUCUACGUUUGAAACUGGAAGGGGACCUGGAAUCUCUCAGAGAGGAACUGGCUCACUUGCGCAAAAGCCACAAAGAGGAAGUGGAGGCUCUCAAUGCUCUGAUUGCCAAUUCUGAUGUAACGGUACAGGUGGACAAUCCACAGAAGCACGACCUAAGUGAGAUAAUUGCUGAGAUCCGCAACCAGUAUGAGAAAGUGGCUGAUCAGAACCGGGCAGAUGCUGAGAACUGGUUCAAAACCAAGUUUGACUCCAUGUCUCAGGAAGCCGAUGUGAACACCCAAGCACUGGAAGAAGCCAAGCAGGAGCUGUCAGAACUCCGUCGGCAGCUACAAGGCCUGGACAUUGAACGCCAGAGUCUCCAGAAAAUGGUAGACACUCUGGAGCGUACCUUGAAGAACACAGAAGAUCAAUAUCACAAUGAGAUGUCCCAUCUUAACAAUAUCAUUAUCAAGUUGCAAGAUGAUCUGGCAGCUUGCCGGGCUGACCUGGAGAGGCAGGCCCGAGACUACGAAGCCCUUCUGGAUCUGAAGACCAAGCUAGAGAAUGAGAUUGAACACUAUCGUAGCUUGAUUGAAGGUGCAACAGACAGAGGACAGUUGAUGAGCUCAGGCAAAGCAGACACCAGGAGGCAGACCAUUAAGAAGGUGGUAGUCACCACGCAGGAAAUCAUUGAUGGGCGAGUGGUGGCACAGAAAUCUGAGGAAGUGAUUCAGUAGCCUUUUUCAAUGUGUGGUGAUUUUUACUAAUCCCUGUAUCAAUAAUAUGACUGUUCUAAUAAAAACAGUAUUUACCUGUUCCA